AAUUAAUGAAAAUUUCAAAACAUUCCAAGUGUAAUACGCGAUGAUUAGAAUAAUAUUUAGAAUAUAUUUUUUAUUGUCCAGAGUAAUGCCAAUCCAUUUAAUUAAAACUGUGUGAAUACUGAUUCAGUAGGUGAAAACUUUGGACACCGGUCGUGUUCGCCCGUGCAUGCAAUGGAAACUAUUCAAAACAGCUGUCGAUUGUGUUUGGAUCCGACUGUAAACAAAACUUUCGAUUCAAGUUCUGGUUUUGGAAACGACAGCACUAUUGAAGCCACUUCACUCAGUCAACAGUUAAGCCGAGUGUUCAACUUUUCUUUUGAUAAUAUGACUCAACUGCCGAAGCAUGUGUGCCAGCAGUGCUGCACAAUUGUUGGGGACUUUUAUAAGUUCUCUGAAAUGGUUCAGAAGAAUCAGACAUAUUUGCGUUCGUUGGUGAGCCCCGAAAGUGAGAUGAAGCCUGAUCCAACCGCUGAGGAUGAUAAGAGUGCCGUGAUCCUCGAUAUAAAGAUUGAGCCAGAGUUGCCGGAGACGGAAGUCAUGAUUAAUGAGCAAACUGACUGGACCGAAGGUGGAACAAAUUUGGACGGGGAUGAUGAUGAUGAGGAUGACGACGAUGAUGAUGAUGAUGACGGUAGAGUAGCUGCCAGUGAUGGAGAUGAUAGCGAUGAAGAUGAAGAUUGGAGACCGCACGAGGGCACGGAAAAAGAAGUUAAGAAGGAAGAAACUGUUGUGAAAGUCAAACGAAAGUAUACCAAAAGAUCUUCCGGACGGUUGAAGAAAGCGAAGAAAGAAUCUGGGCAUGAUCCUUCGAAAGAGUACAGAAGUAAACCGAAAGAAGAGAUUGAAGAAGAAGACAAACAAAUACUGGAGUAUUUCAAAUUUGUAUGUGAACUUUGCCAUGAGACGACAGUGACUUUCAUCGAACUGAGAAGACACUUCCGGGAAAAGCAUGGACAGAAAGGAUAUCAUCGAUGUUGUAAUAAGAAGUUAUUCAAGAGAUGCCAUUUGCUGGAACACAUCCAAGUUCAUCUAAAUCCCAACCUAUACGGAUGUGAUUUGUGUCCGAAAAGCUUCAGCUCCAAGGAGUAUCUUCAAUUGCACAAAAUGCAAGCACAUGCAUCAGAAGUUGAUCGGCCAUUUAAAUGUGACAAAUGUCCAAAAAGUUUCAUUCAAAAGGGACAAUUGUCCUCUCACAUGGGCCGCCAUCAGUUGUACCCGUGCACGUUGUGUGACAAAGUGUUGGCGGGAAAAGGUUCACUGACGGCGCAUAUGGUCAACAUGCACAGUGAUAUGGGUCGAAUGAUUUGCGAUACCUGCGGACGUGAGUUCAAAACGAAACCCUGCUUCGAUAAGCACGUACGCAAACACAAGGGUCUGCUGGAGGACACUAGCAUCGAGUGUCACAUUUGUCAUGUGAUCUUGCAUAACAAAGCCACCAUGAAGAAGCACAUGAUUGCGAAGCACACCCAAACGGAUGAGGUGUUUAUUUGCAAUGAAUGUGGCAAACAGGCCCCGAACAAGUUUGCUCUGGAAUCUCAUAAACGUAAGGUUCACUGCGAAGAAAAAUAUCAGUGCGAAUUUUGUGAGAAACGGUUCAAAAACCCCAUCACGCUGAAGGAACACAGAGCGACACAUACCGGCGAGAUUCUGUACUCGUGUCCAUUCUGUGCGACCACUUUUAACUCGAAAGCGAACAUGUACGCCCACAAAAAGAAAGCCCAUCCGUACGAGUGGGCCCAGGAACGCAUCAGCAAGGGGCAAGCCCAGCGUCAACAGCAUCUACCACCCCAGUGAAACUGUGGCAUGCUGUACAUCCAUUUCAUUAGAAGGUAUUAUACAUGUUAAUAAUAGAAUGUAGACUAUUUUCAUAAAAAAAAAGAUAAUACAUUAGUUGUACAAUUA